AUGAAGGAGCACCUACAGUCCACCUACAUGCUGGCGGACGAUGCCACCUCCUUCUCUGCCGAGGAGCUCAGCCUGACUGGAGCUGUGGAGUACUGGGGCGAUGUGGAGCGGCUGCCCACGUUGGCUGCGCUGCUCGAGUUGGACAGCGACCACUCCGGGAAGGUGGAGUUCAGUGAGCUGGAAGCUUUUGGCAAGAGCCAGGGGUUGACCUCCGAUGCGAUCCAACAGGAGUUCCGGCGUUUGGAUCUGAAUGGUGACGGCGUCAUCGAGGCGGAGGAGCUGCGGCGGGGCUUGCGUGGAGGAAGCUCCGGAGGCCAAGGGAGCUUCGACUCGCCUCAGGCCCCUCCGCAACCCGAGUUGGCGGUUCGGCAGACGGCGCCAGAGGCGAGCAACGGCUUGCUUGAGAGCGAGGCCGACCUGGACGCGAGCGCCCAGCACAGCGCUGGCCGUGCCAUGGCGCAGCUCUUCGAGACCAAGGCGGCGGAGGCGUUGAAGGCCAUGAAGCAGGACAGCGCGGAGGCGGAGCGCCUGGAGUUCGCCGCGACGAAUCUGCGGGGCCGCGCGGAGGAGCUGCAGCGCGCGCUGCCGCGGGCGGUGGCUGAUGCCGCGAAGGGCGCCACGGACGGCAUCCUGCAGCGAGCCCUGCGGGAGGCCACGGGCGGGGCGGGCGUUCCGGGGGUGGCUGUUGGCAAGACUGUCUGA